AUACCUCCCAUUAAAAUACACGUGCUACCAUUUCUUUCAUUUUCUUUUUUCUUUUUUUUUAAAAAUGUUUUGCUCCCAACAUGAAAAUGGAAUUCUCCUCCAACUACACUACAACCAAAACAGAUAGAGAGAGGGAGAAUGAGUCAUGGUUGAUCUCUGAUGGGUGCCUUGAUUGGCCAAUUCUUUGUCAUCAUCAUCCACCCAUCUCUUCAAUUCUUUGUGAACCCAAAUACCCAAUAUACAUUUAUCUCGAACUGGAAAGGGUAUUUGUGUACUUUAGAAAAACGGAUUUGAAGAGUCUUUUGUUUGUGGGUCGAUUUUGUACUUGACAAAGUUGUGUCACAUCUCAAACUCUUGAUUCUCUUCUGAUCAUUUCCAGUAAAAUAGGAAGAAGAAACACUUUGUGAUCAGCUCUCCUCUGCUAUGCUUGAUCUGGAUUGGACGUAUGUGGGUCUUCUUUGAUCAUGGAAUGCGGCACUAUUUUUGAGGUAAUCUGUCUUGAGUAACUGAUUUUGGUUUUGAUUGCUGGGUCAAUUUGGGUUUUAUUUGUCAAUGGAAGAAAAUCGAAAGAAGAAGUUUGUCUGCAAGUUUUGCCACAAGAGAUUUCAGUGUGGCAAGGCCUUGGGUGGUCACAUUAGGUCUCAUAACUAUGAAUACACAACUGAGGCAGGGGAAGCUAAGAUUGACAAAAUUAACAGCAAGAGAGAUUUGGGUGAUGAAUCUGGUGAUGGGCAAUCUGGCUAUGUGCUUAGAGAGAAUCCCAUUAAAUCGAGGAGGUUUUCAGAUUCAGGCAUCAGCACUAUAAAUCAAGAAAAAGUGUGCAAAGAAUGUGGUAAAGGUUUUUCAUCGUUGAAAGCUCUGUGUGGUCACAUGGCUUGUCAUUCAGAGAAAGAGAAGACUACGGUCAAAAAGAAUGGGUUCGAAGAUCAUUCUGUGUCUGGUGGAAAUCUGAAACUUGUAAUUGAUGACCAGUCAGAUACCGAGACAUCGGGUCCGGGAGGACAGAGGAGGUCCAAGAGAUUAAGGUACAAGGCUAAUGGUGUAUACUCUUCUCAGUUUUCAUUGUCAAAUAGUUCCUUAUCUGCUUCUUUUGUAGAGCAAGAACAGGAGGAGGUAGCUAUUUCUUUGAUGAUGUUGUCUAGGGAUUUUGGUUAUAGAGGAUGUCUUGAUUCAGUUGUGGAAUCUUCAGAGAAUCAUUCAGUGACUUUGGAUGCUAAAUCUUCAUCUAUUGAUAUGAAAAUCGAUUCAAAGGAUGGCUUUAAUUGUGGAAUCAAUGUGGUCAUGAAGAGAACAAGAGAUGGGAAUUUCAACGGUUCUGAGCUUGGACUUUCUGAGAAUUCUGAUUCUGGGUAUUUCAGAAAUGGACCCAGGAAAGUUGAAUCAGAUGUUUCUGUCGAUGGGUUUCGCCGGAACCUUAAAAUUAAGAAGCCAAAUGGGAAAUUGUAUUCUCAAUUUGAGGAUUCGGAUGCUGAAAUGGGGAAAAGCUUGAUCAAUUAUAAGUGCAAGAAGUUUGAAUUUUUAGAGAAGGAUUUGAUAGGGGAAGAGGGAUAUGAGGAAGUUGAUAGAGCUUCAAUGAAGCGUGAUUCAAGGAAUAGGGUCAAGAAUGAAUAUGAGCGUUUGAAAUCACUCCAUUCUCUUAAAGGACAGAGGAGUUGCCACAGCAAGAUCAAUGGUUGCCGUGGGUCAAUGAAUGAAAGUAGCGAGAACAGCGUCGAUGAUGAAUAUGCUCCAGCUUUUAUGGGUAAUAAUACAACAGUAGAAUCCAGUAGAAACAACAAGACAAUUGAGCAGGAUGUUUCUGACAAUGUUGAGAAGAAAAUGGUGUCAAAGAAAGGCAAAGGGCAUGAAUGCCCCAUCUGCUUCAGGGUUUUCCGGUCCGGUCAAGCUUUAGGUGGUCACAGGAGGUCCCAUUUUUUUGGAGGUUCUGAGGAUAGAACUGUUGUGAAUGAGCAAGAAGCAUCCGAGACGCCUAGUCUAAUUGAUCUUAACCUUCCUGCCCCGAUUCAAGAAGAGGCAUAAGUGCCAUGGUAGGUUUGAAGCACCACAGGCAUGAGGUUCUGUUGCAUUUGAUCUCCAACCGAGAAAUUUUUAAGGUGACAGUGGCCUGAGGAUAUGCUAGAAUGUAGAGACAAAUUGGUCAGUGAAUGCUCUCUUUUUGCUUCAUAUUCAAGAGAUGUCGAGCAAGGCAAGUGUCGUUUGUUGCUCAUUGGUUGGAAGAACUAGUUUUUUUUUUCCUUCACUAGGAGCAGUUCGAUCUGCUUAUAUUUCCUUUGUCAGUUGCAGAUUUCAAUUUCAUUUCUUUGUUUGUUCAAAAUUUA